GCUCCCCGGCGCGUCCCGUUCCCCGCUCCAGCGCCGAUGGCCGCCGGCCGCCGCGCUCCGCCGGAGCCCGGGGGGGGGCCCGUGCUGCUUCAGGGCGUUUUCGGUGCGGGGCCGGGGCCCGGAGCCGCCUCCUGCUCGCUGGUGCUGACGGCCCGGGAGCUGCAGGUGCGGCGGCCCGGAGCCUCCUCCGGGGGCUCGGCCGGCCCCGACGCCGCGCUCCGCUUGGCCGAUUGCGUGAGCUCCGCCGCCUUCCCAGCCGCCGCCUCCGCCGCCUGCUUCUCGCUCGUCUGCUACCCGCUCCGCGGCCCGCGCUGGGGCUCGCCAGCCCGCCAGCGCCUGGAGCGGACCUUCCGCGUCUACCGGGGACCCGACGCCGAGGGCAACCUGCGCAUCGCCCAGGCCUGGAGCCGCCGCAUCCGGGAGCUCUCGGUGCCCGCCGUGCCCGUGCAGGGCGGUGACAGCUAUGGGGUGCUGCCCCGGCCCUGCCGCGCGCUGGUGCUGCUGAACCCCCAUAGUGGGGCUGGCCGUGCCCUCGAGGACUUCCAGGCUGUGGUGCAGCCCAUGCUGGCCGAGGCUGAAGUCACUGCCAGCGUCUUCGUCACGGAGAGACCCCACCAUGCACAUGAGAAGGUUCGGGAUGAGGACCUGUCGCAGUGGGACACGCUGGUGGUGAUGUCCGGGGAUGGGCUCUUGUACGAGGUGGUGAAUGGGCUCAUGGAGCGGCCGGACUGGGAUGAGGCCAUGAAGAAGCCACUGUGCAUCCUGCCCGGGGGCUCUGGGAAUGCCUUGGCUGCCUCCAUCAACUACUAUGCAGGCAACGACCACGUCGCCAAGAAGAAGCUGCUGAUGAACUGCACCUUCCUCCUGUGCAAGGGGCUGCACACGCAGAUGGACCUGGUCUCGCUGAGCACAGCCUCGGGCAAGCGCCUCUUCUCCUUCCUGGGCUUCGGCUGGGGCUUCAUCUCGGACGUGGACAUCGACAGCGAGAAGUACCGCUGGCUGGGCAAUGCCCGCUUCACGCUGGGCACGCUGCAGUGCCUGGCCAAGCUGCGGGUGUACCAUGGCCGCCUCUCUUACCUGCCCCUCGGCCCCACGGCACAGGGCACCCCCCGGGACCCCGUCACCAACGGCCACAUCCCACUGCCGGCGGGGACCGGAGCACCGAGGGCGCUGCCCCCCGACUCGCUGCUGGUGCCGCUGGGGCAGCCGGUGCCCGCGCACUGGACCGUGGUCCCCGAGGAGGAGUUCGUCACCGUCUAUGCCAUUUACCAGUCCCACCUGGGCACCAACCUGCUGAUGGCCCCGGCGGCACGGCUGCACGACGGCUGCAUCCACCUCUUCUACCUGAAGGCCGGCAUCAGCCGCGCGGCGCUGCUCAGGAUCUUCCUGGCCAUGGCCAGAGGGACCCACCUGGACCUGAACUGUCCCCACCUGUGCUACGUCCCCGUCCGGGCGUUCCGCCUGGAGCCGCGCACAUCUGCGGGCAUCAUGACGGUGGAUGGGGAAGCGCUGGCCUCUGAGCCCGUGCAGGGGCAGGUUCACGGCCGCCUCUGCCGCGUCGUCUGCGGCUCCUGAGCUGCUGCAUUCACCCACCCCAGUGCUGAGCUGCUGGCACGGCCCGGCCGGGGGGGCAGAGCCUUCAUCCCACUCAGGAACAUCCUCCUCCACCCAUAGCAACAGCUCUCGGGGGCCACGGGUGCUCAUCCCCUCGCUUGCCCCCAUGCUUAGCUUUAACCCCUUGGGCCAGCCACCAGCGCUGUCCCACACCUGAGCCAUGAGCCCCCAUCAGGUACUCGGUGCCCAUCAGGUGCUCGGUGUCCUACCCCGGUACGAGGUCCCAGCUGUGCCGGCACAGCCCCAUCCCCUCCCUGGCUCAGACACACACGGGGGCAUCGCUCAUGUCCCCAGUGCCACCCGCAGGGAGGGUCAGGACCAAGAUCUCUUGCUACAAGAACUUGACUUUUUGUAAGGAUGUUUGUACCCAAAGCUUCCUGCAGAAGCAGAGUUUAUUCUUGUGAGAGAUGCAAUAAAGAGCCGGUGUUUGCAGAAACUCCA